GGGGGCGGGGGGCUGCCGCCGCCGGCUCGGUUCAGCUCGGCUCGGCUCGGCUCAGCUUCUCAGCUCGGCUUGGCUCGGCUCGACUCGGCUCGGCUCGCUUUUCUCCCCCGCCUGCACUCCAGGAUGAGCCCGGAGUAUUCCCUGCGCUCCUUGCUUCUCAUCAUCCUCGCCACCUUCUCGGCCAACGCCAGCAACUGGCUGUACCUGGCAAAGCUGUCCUCGGUGGGGAGCAUCUCUGAGGAGGAGACCUGUGAGAAGCUGAAGGGUUUGAUCCAGCGCCAGGUGCAGAUGUGCAAGAGGAACCUGGAAGUGAUGGACUCGGUGAGGCGUGGGGCCCAGCUGGCCAUCGAGGAGUGCCAGUACCAGUUCCGCAACCGGCGCUGGAACUGCUCCACGCUGGACACCCUGCCCGUCUUUGGCAAGGUGGUCACACAAGGGACCCGGGAGGCAGCCUUUGUCUAUGCCAUCUCUUCGGCAGGGGUGGCCUUUGCAGUGACCCGAGCCUGCAGCAGCGGCGAGCUGGACAAGUGCGGCUGUGACCGCACAGUGCAGGGGGGCAGCCCGCAGGGCUUCCAGUGGUCGGGCUGCUCCGAUAACAUCGCCUACGGCGUGGCAUUCUCACAGUCCUUCGUUGACGUCCGGGAGAGGAGCAAAGGGGCUUCUUCCAACAGAGCAUUAAUGAACCUCCACAACAACGAGGCAGGCAGGAAGGCCAUCCUCAACAACAUGCGGGUGGAAUGCAAGUGCCACGGCGUGUCCGGCUCCUGCGAGUUCAAGACCUGCUGGAAAGCCAUGCCCCCCUUCCGCAAAGUGGGCAACAUCCUGAAGGAGAAAUUCGACGGCGCCACCGAGGUCGAGCAGAGCGAGAUCGGCUCCACCAAGGUCCUGGUGCCCAAAAACUCUCAGUUCAAACCCCACACAGAUGAGGACCUCGUCUACCUGGACUCCAGCCCUGACUUCUGUGACCACGACCUGAAGAACGGGGUGCUGGGCACCAGCGGCCGGCAGUGCAACAAAACCUCCAAGGCUAUCGACGGCUGCGAGCUGAUGUGCUGCGGCCGGGGCUUUCACACGGACGAAGUGGAGGUCGUGGAAAGGUGCAGCUGCAAAUUCCACUGGUGUUGCUCUGUGAAGUGCAAACCCUGCCAUCGGAUGGUGGAAAUCCACACGUGCCGGUGAUGCGAGGAGGGGGAGCAGCCAUCCCUCCUCCUUGACUGACCAUGCUGCUCCCUUGCCCCACAGCCUGGGACAGGACUGGGGAAGGAACCCAGAUGCUGCAGGGAGAGCGCAGCUCAUGACAGAGACAGAGCCCCAGAGAUUUUAAAGAAAAAAAAAAUAUUUAAAGUUU